GGGGCGGGCAGCGCGCAGCGCUUCCGGGCGGCCGCUGCCUGACGUUACGGAGCCGCGGCGCGGGGUGAGGCGCGGGGUGAGGCGCGGGACGAGAGAGAGGCGGGAGAGAGGGAGGGAGGGCUCCAACUGUCCGCCUUGCGGUGCCCGCAGCCCCGCGGGGAGGGAUCUUGCGCGGCCGAGGCACGCUGUCUCGAAGAAUGUCGGGAAGCUUCUACUUCGUGAUAGUUGGCCAUCAUGACAACCCCGUGUUUGAGAUGGAAUUCCUGCCUCCUGGAAAAGCGGAGUCCAAGGAUGAUCAUCGCCACCUCAACCAGUUCAUCGCCCACGCUGCUCUUGACCUAGUGGAUGAGAACAUGUGGCUUUCUAACAACAUGUAUCUGAAGACUGUGGACAAGUUUAAUGAAUGGUUUGUUUCUGCUUUUGUCACGGCUGGACAUAUGAGAUUUAUAAUGCUGCAUGACGUAAGGCAAGAAGAUGGAAUUAAGAACUUCUUUAACGAUGUGUAUGACUUGUAUAUAAAGUUUGCAAUGAACCCAUUUUAUGAACUCAAUUCACCAAUUCGAUCCAGUGCCUUUGAAAGGAAAGUACAGUUCCUUGGGAAGAAGCACCUUUUGAGCUGAAUAAAUAACUUUCCUGAGUGAGUCCUUUUCCAUACUUCCCUGAUUUGAACUGUAGUUUUGGAUAGUUCUCAGCAUGUUGGAUAUCCAUCUUCCUGAAGAUUGACAAAUCGGAUGCUGAAGCAGCUUUUCUUCUUGUUGAUACAGAUAAAACAGCCAGAUUCUCUGGUUAAAUAAUGUAUAUUAAGGAGUUUAUGUCUUACAAAAGCUAAGUGUAACAGUGUCUGGGCUGAAUAGGUACAAAGUGAGGUAUGUCAGUGCACGUGCAAAAUGUAAGCCUCUUAUAGAGGGUGAGAGGACAUCUGAUCUAAACACUGCAGACACCUCUUGUGAGCUGAUUUAAUAUGAGCAAAAAGGGUAUUUUUUAUUUUGUUAGCUUAAGUGGAUAAUUCUGUUGUGAACUUUUCUAGUCUUUUGCUAGAGAAUGUACUCUGCAGGCUAACCGUACUCUUCAUGGUAGUAAAUAAGGUAUACGUUAAACUUUUCAUGCAAUAGAUGUAUUAUGAAGCCCUAAAUACAAAGAUCUUAUCAGCAGAGCUUUGUCUUCAGCAUUUUGGCACGUUUUACUUAAAAAAACAAACCCUGGAAGCUUUUUUUACAGCUUCAAGUUGUAAAUGCCUCAUGUUUAGUGCAACAGAUGUUUAGAGCCGCAGUGCUGUGUGAAUGAAAUGCACAAAGUAGAUCAAAACAGCUGUCUGCAGUGACUUCAAAUCUAAUACACAUGUGGAAAAAAAAAACCCAAACCCAAGAACUAAACUGAGAUGUUUAACCCCACACCUUUCCCUUAUCUCUGCAAGCGCUGAAAUCUCCCUUUGAAAAUGUAUUUAUUUCUACUGGGAUCUUUGAACCUCCAGUAAGGUUUCAGAAGGACUUUGUUGGGCCUCUUUGGCUACAGUGUCAUUGUAGAAUGUGGUUAUGUACUUUUUUUGCAAAGCUUCAUUUCAAACUACUGAUCUUUAAAGGGGUCAUUCAGCAAAUACGUAUCUGAUCUUUGGGCUGGUUUCACAAUCUUUUAUGAAAUCUGUUUCCUUCUGCAGAACACGUCUGAUAAGCAGUUUCCAAAGGAAGUAGCACACUAUUCUAAAAAAAAAAAAAACAAACAAACACAUUUUGUGUAGUUUGUAUAUCAAAGGGACUGCAUCUGUAGGCACUUAAUGUAUAACCAGUUAUUAUUUCUUUGUAAUCUGUAUAUACUGCUGAAGCGUCACUGUAGAAGAUCCCCUGUGAAAAGCAACACUAUACUACAGAGUGUGAUAUUUACCUUAAAUAAAAGGUGAGCUAAUGCAGCA